AUCCAUUCCAACAUCUAACAAACACUCCACUCUCAAAACUCAAAAGAGCUCAGCCCAAACUUCCAUUUCAAAGAAAACACAAAGAACAGAGGUUAUAUAUAUGGCUAUCAGAUUGCUCACAGCUCUUAUGAAUGCCAAGCAAUUUCGCACUCUUUACCCACUGAGAUCAAGAAACCAUUCAGAUGUUCCAAAGGGUCAUUUUGCAAUCUAUGUUGGAGAGACUGAGAAAAAGAGAUUUGUGGUGCCAAUAACAUACCUGAACCACCCUUCAUUUCAGAGCUUGCUUAAGAGGGCAGAGGAAGAGUUUGGGUUUGACCAUCCCAUGGGAGGCCUCACAAUUCCUUGCAAGGAAGAUACUUUCAUCCAUCUCACAUCUCAGCUCAGCAGCAAAACCAACACUUCAUUACAUUGAAGGAGCAUCAGAUGUUCAGAUCUCAUCACAUUUUUUCCCCUAUUUCUGAUCUAGUCAUCUUUGUAUGAUUUUUCCUCUUGGCAAAUCAAGAGU